CUGGAGGAUGCGCAGCUCAUUAGGAACGGGGACAUUAUGUUGGGAGGAAUAUUUUCUUUCCACAGCAGCUGGAAAAACAGCCAAGAUAACUAUGAAAAAAGCCCUCAGAGACUGCAAUGCACCAGUUUAAAUUUCAGAGACUUCCAGUUUGCUCAAGCCAUGCUUUUUGCCAUUGAGGAAAUUAACAACAGUUCAGAUCUACUGCCGGGAGUUACUCUGGGCUACAAAAUGUACGAUACCUGUGGCUCCAUUGCCAGAAGUGUAAGAGUUGCCUUGUCCUUGCUCAACGGUAACGACAUUGAGGCUUUACCUGCAGAGGCAUGUACAAGACCUGCACAGGUUCAGGUGAUAAUGGGAGAAACGUCUUCCUCCCCUACAGCAGCCAUAGCGACUGCAAUAGGACCCUUUCACAUCCCAAUGAUCAGCCACUUUGCCACGUGUGCUUGUCUCAGUGAUAAAACCAAGUACCCCUCAUUUCUCAGAACAAUACCCAGUGACUAUUACCAGAGCAGAGCUCUGGCCCAACUGGUCAAAUAUUUUGGUUGGACUUGGAUUGGUGCCGUCAGAACCAAUGACGACUACGGAAACAACGGCAUGGCGACGUUCAUAGCAACCGCGCAGCAGCUGGGUGUAUGUGUGGAGUACUCCAUAUCGUUCUUUAGAACUGAUCCACUGGAGAAAAUACAAAAAAUAAUUGAGAUUAUUAAGACAUCUACCUCAAAGGUCAUUGUUACUUUCCUUUCCAACAUGGACUGGGAUGUGCUGUUGCAUGAAUUUUCUAGGAACAAUCUGACCGGCUAUCAGUGGGUGGGAACCGAAGGCUGGAUUUCCGAUUCUCAAAUUGCGGCGACGGAUAAAAGUCAUAUUCUGGAUGGAGCUAUAGGGCUCUCCAUCCCUAAGGCGCACGUGAGCGGAAUCAAAAAGUUCAUGUUUAACGUUAAGCCGCUAAAUUCAUCUAACAGCGUCUUAUUUAGGGAGUUCUGGGAGGCGUUGUUCAGCUGUAAGUUCAAUCAGUCAAACUCGGGGGAGAUUCAGAAAAUAUGCACCGGAGAGGAAGAUCUAACCGGAAUAGAAAACAGCUUCACUGACAUGUCACUCAUGCCAAUAUUUUACAAUGUCUACAAAGGGGUUUAUGCAGUGGCUCACGCUCUGCACGAAAAACUCAACUGUAAUAAAACAUGUGACAAGAACGUCCAGCUAGAUCCGUACACAGUUUUACAGCAACUACAAAAGAUCCACUUCAAAACAAAGGAAGGAGACUUUGUCUACUUCAACGACAAUGGAGACCCACCAGCAAAAUACGAAAUAAUAAACUGGCAGCCGAGAGAAAACAACACAGUUGAAUUUGUCGGUGUUGGAAUAUAUGAUGCGUCUUUACCUGAAGAUAGACAACUGAGUGUGAAAAACAUGUCUUUAAUCUGGGCUAAAAACUCACUACAGGUCCCUGUGUCAGUUUGCAGUGAGAAGUGUCCUCAUGGCACACAUAAGGUCCUCCAGAAAGGAAAACCUGUUUGCUGUUACGACUGUGUGCGAUGUGCAGAAGGAGAAAUGAGCAACGCCACAGAUUCUAUCUCUUGUUUGAAAUGCUUCCCAGAGUUCUGGUCAAAUGAGGAAAGAGAUGCCUGCAUAAAGAAAGAGGAGCUGUUCCUUUCGUAUGAGGAAAUUAUGGGGGCGUUACUAACAACAGCUUCCAUAUUUGGAACCUGCAUGACUGCUCUUGUUGCGGCCAUUUUCUUCAGACAUCGCAAAACUCCUCUUGUGAGGGCAAACAACUCUGAGCUGAGCUUCCUGCUGCUCUUCUCCUUGACUCUGUGUUUCCUCUGCUCUCUGACGUUCAUCGGCCAGCCGUCUGAGUGGUCCUGCAUGCUGCGGCACACGGCCUUCGGCAUCACCUUCGUCCUCUGUAUGUCCUGCGUUCUGGGCAAAACCAUAGUGGUUCUAAUGGCCUUCAAAUCUUCGCUUCCAGGGAGAAAUAUCACAAAAUGGUUUGGGCCUACGCAGCAGAGAGUCAGUGUUCUGGGUUUUACUCUGAUACAGGUUAUCAUUUGUAUAAUCUGGGUAACAAUGGCUCCUCCACUUCCAAUCAAGAACUUUAAGGAAUUCAAAGAUAAAAUCGUUCUGGAGUGUGAUUUAGGCUCCACCAUUGGUUUCUGGUCUGUGCUUGGAUAUAUAGGUCUCCUCGCCAUGUUGUGUUUUCAUUUUGCUUUUUUGGCUCGAAAGUUACCGGAUAAUUUCAAUGAAGCUAAACUGAUCACCUUCAGCAUGCUGAUAUUCUGCACAGUCUGGAUCACUUUCAUCCCAGCGUACGUCAGCUCUCCUGGGAAGUUCAGUGUCGCUGUUGAAAUCUUUGCUAUCCUGGCCUCCAGUUUUGGAUUGCUGAUUUGUAUUUUCAUACCAAAAUGCUACAUCAUUUUACUAAAACCGGAGAAAAAUACAAAGAAAAACAUGAUGGGGAAAGGACCAAGAAAACCUUAACAAGAAGGGGUUGUUUUUAACAUAUACAAACCCACAGCAAAAUAAAUAAAUAAAUAAAUAAAAAAGUCAAAUGCAGUAAGGUAGUGAUUUUCUAAUAGCAAAAUAAA